UUCAGAGAAAGCUGAAGAUCUUCCUCCGCUGACAUCAUCAACACAUCAUCAUUUAUUUGCAUUGGAUCAAACGAGAAAGAAGAACGUGCUUGGUUUUUGGACCCAAAAGGAUUCCUCUUGGAUAUCAUUGGAUAGGUUGUUCUCUACAAAAGCAAUCGAUUGUUCUGUCCCUUCCCACAAUUAAUUAUUUACUGCAUUGCUAGCUAGGCUACCAUGAUGUUUGCUCUUCGCUCUGCCGUUGCCCCCGCUCGCCGUUCGACAAGUACCGGUCUUCGUCGUUGCUUUGCGGCGGGUGCCGAUUUGAACAAGCCAUUGCAAGAAGUGGACCCGGAGCUGUGCACGUUGAUUGAACAAGAAAAGGCGCGACAGCGAAACAGUUUGGUCUUGAUUGCCUCGGAAAAUUUCACCAGCAAGGCCGUCUUGCAAGCACUGGGAUCCGUCUUGUCCAACAAAUAUUCCGAAGGAUACCCCGGGGCGCGUUACUACGGAGGCAAUGAGAAUAUCGACCAAGUCGAACUCCUCUGCCAAAAGAGGGCUCUGGAAGCCUUUGAUCUGGACCCAGAAGAAUGGGGAGUCAAUGUCCAGUCGCUGUCGGGAUCACCCGCCAACUUUCAGGUCUAUACGGCUCUAUUGGAAACCCACGAUCGCAUCUUGUCGUUGGAUUUGCCCCACGGUGGCCAUUUGUCGCAUGGAUUCCAAACACCCACCAAGAAAAUUUCCGCCGUCUCGCGCUACUUUGAGUCGAUGCCCUACCGAUUGGAUCCCACCACGGGACAGAUUGAUUACGAUCAAAUGGAAAUCAGUGCCGAACUAUUUCGUCCCAAAUUAAUUGUGGCGGGUGCAUCGGCAUAUGCGCGCUUGAUUGACUACGAACGCAUCCGCAAAAUUGCCGACAAUGUCGGUGCCUAUGUCAUGUCCGAUAUGGCACACAUUUCCGGUCUCGUUUCGGCACAAGUUAUUCCUUCCUGCUUUCCCGAUUCCGAUGUGGUCACUACUACGACACACAAGAGUCUUCGCGGACCUCGUGGUGCCAUGAUCUUUUAUCGCAAGGGCCAAAAGGGUACCGACAAGAAAGGAAAUCCCAUUUACUACAAUUUGGAAGAAAAAAUCAAUUUUGCCGUCUUCCCCGGACUCCAAGGUGGUCCUCACAAUCACACUAUUGGAGCGCUGUCGACGUGUCUCAAACAGGCCAAAACACCCGCCUUUGUCGAAUAUCAAACGCAAGUAUUGAAAAAUUGCUCUCGCUUUGCCGAUGAACUCAACAAGCUCGGAUACACGUUGGUCAGUGGUGGAACCGACAACCAUCUCGUUCUAGUCGAUCUAAAGACAUCUCGCAACGUCGAUGGGGCUCGUGUCGAACGCGUUCUGGAAUUGGCCUGCAUUGCCACCAACAAAAACACCAUUCCCGGUGACAAAUCGGCAUUGAAUCCCGGUGGCAUUCGUAUGGGGACACCGGCACUGACGUCCCGUGGAUUGAAGGAAGACGAUUUUGCCAAGGUCGCGGCAUUCUUUGAUCGGGCCGUUGCCAUUGCCAAGGAACUCAAAGAAAGUGACGCGGGAAAGAAAUUAAAGGGAUUCCGAGAAUUGUGUGCCGUCGGACCUUCCGUUCAUCCCGAUCUGGUGCAGCUGCGAAAAGAAGUUUCCGAAUUUGCCUGCACGUUCCCGACCAUUGGGUUUGAUGAAGAUGAAAUGGAAUUUGAGGGAGAGUACAAUGUGGAUUUUGUAGCCUAACUAUUAUGAUAAUGACUAAGCAAAAAGAAAGAAAGCCAAAAGUAAAAUGAAUAGAUGAGAUGCAAAAGAUGUUUGCUUUGCUCAGCUCGAGCUCCUCCUCCGAGGAUGGAUCGAAUCAUUUCAUCUCUGGCUGGAGACCAUCGAGACGAUGCGAAGCUACCGUACUCGAGGAAGGCGCAGCCACGCUUCGUGCAGCGAGCUAUGAUACCUACAGCUUGAACAUCUCCCCAAAUGGACAGCUCCAAUGAGAAUUCUCACUACAUGAUAAUUCCCAUCGCGUAUUGGGUAGCUCACUUUUUGCACUUCUCUUUGCCCCGAGCUGGAUACGGUACAGUACCAUCAGAGCAUUCAUCGGUAGCAACUUCGAGUUAGGGAUAGUUCGGUACCAUAAACACUCAGUAACCUAUACGGGUCCUCCCUCAUCAGUUUGGAAACCAGCUCCUUUUGCACCGUAGGGUGAUGUCCAACGCGCCGCACUAGUAAUGCAAAGCAAGGCUCUCAAGAUCAGAAUACGUCAGCUAGCUCUGGCUGCAUGGCUGGCUUGGGGCAGCAUGUCAAUGAAGCCUAGGAUCCCUGUGUAGGAGAAUCCAAUCCUUUAGAAACGCUGAGCAGAGCUCGAA